AUGGCUAAAAAACAAGCAGGAGAGAACUCCAAAAAGGCCGCUGGGAACGCACGCAAGACCGAGCAGGCCAACAAGAAAAAGCAAGAUGCCCUCGAUGCAUUAGAGCAGGAAGAAAGCGGCAAAUGGGAACAAGGCUCGAAAAAGGGCAACAAGAAACAAGAAGACGAGCAAUUCAAAAAGGAGGAAGCGGCACGCAAGAAAAAGGAACGCGAUGCCUUGUUAGCUGCUGAAGAAGCAAGCAUGCCCUCAAAACCACAGAGCCUGAAACAGAGAGGCGCGGCCAAAGUCGCAAGUAAGAGGACGGGCAAGAUUGACGACUUUAUAGACUUUAACAAGGACACGCCCGAGUUGAGUGCUUCUGGUUUGGACGAUGCGCUCGCUGCGUUGGCGUUGACUGAAAAAAAUGCCGGAGUCUCAGCCAAGGACAUUGAUAGACACCCCGAGAGACGAGUCAAGGCCGCGUACAAUGCCUACGAGGAGCGGAGAUUACCUGAGAUUAGAAAGGAAAACCCCGGGUUGAGGUUGCAGCAGAUCAAGAACUUGGUGUUUAAGGAGUUCCAGAAGCUGGACGAGAACCCCAUGAACCAACAGGGUAAUGUUGCUCAUAAUGCGUCGCAAGACGAGGUGGAGAAGAAGAAAAAGGACCUCCGAGAAUCUCGAGAGAAGAAGUUUACAUAG